CCCUCUUUCUCCUCCUUUUCAAUUCCUUCUGAAUAAGAUUUCCACUCUCUACGCUUGGGGUUUCAUUUCGCGUUCGAGAAUAGCAUCGAGAGGUUUAAUCUUUCAUCCAUCUUGGAAGAUGGGGUCUGCGUUCUCGUUUUUGCUUCCGGACGGCGGCGCGUGCGCGUCGAUGCCGGCGAAUCCCGGGCUCGGGGACUUGCCGGAGAGCUGCGUGGCGUCGGUGCUGGUACACCUCGACCCGCAGCAGAUCUGUCAGCUUGCGAUGCUCAAUCGAGCAUUUAGGGGCGCCUCCUCCGCCGACUUUGUAUGGGAAUCGAAGCUUCCGGCGAACUAUGCGUCGCUUAUUCAAAGGGUUUUUGAAGAUAAGGAAUUUCCGGUAAAUUUGUGCAAAAGGGAUAUUUAUGCCAGGCUUUGCGUUCCCAAUUCUUUUGAUGGCGGCACAAAGAAAGUUUGGUUGGAUAAGAGUACUGGGAAGAUUUGUCUUUCAAUGGCUUCAAAUGGGUUGGCUAUAACGGGCAUAGAUGAUAGGAGAUACUGGAAUCGAAUUCCAACCGAAGAAUCAAGAUUCGGUUCAGUUGCAUACCUUCAGCAAAUCUGGUGGUUUGAAGUUAACGGUGAGGUAGAGUUCCCUUUUCCAGUAGGGUCGUACAGUGUUUACUUCAGGCUGCACUUGGGGCGUGCAACCAGGAGAUUUUGUCGUAGAGUUUGUAGUUCAGAACAUGUCCACGGGUGGUACAUAAAACCAGUACGGUUCCAGCUUUCAACCUCGGAUGGCCAGCAAGCAACAACGCAGUGUUACUUGAACAAGCCCGGGAAAUGGAUUUACCACCAUUCUGGAGAUUUCAUCGUAGCUGAUUCCAGCUCACAGAUGAAACUAAUGUUUUCAAUGACUCAAAUUGAUUGUACCCAUACCAAGGGGGGGCUUUGUGUAGAUUCUGUCCUCGUACGCCCUAUGAAGCCAAAGAGAGGUUAAAGCAUUUUUUUAGAUUGCAGUUUAGCCCUCCUCUUAGUGGUAAUUGUUUAGUGAUGAUAGAGUUAUGGCUCCUUUUUAUUUUAGCCAUAUUUCUGCAGUGUAGUGAUAGUAGCUUGAGGAUCAAAUCUUUAUUCAUGAGGAAAAUGUGUAUCUUUGACUUUGUGAUCUUCAAGUGUCGGGGUUUUAUCAAAUGUGUUGAUUUUUGUUAUUAAUUUGAAAUUGUCUUAUUUUGAAGA